ACAAACUUUGAUAAACAACAAACGCCAGUAAUGGAAAAGGAAGAGGAAACUAGUUCUAAUACCAGUACACAGAACGAGAAAGAUAAUCAGGGGGAAGUCUUUUCCAAAAGUGAUAUUCGUUCGGAGGAUCCUUGCUUGAAGCCAUAGGUAGAAUGCAACAGUUUAGUUAGAAUUAACAUGUAUCAGUGUAUAGCUUAAAACAAAAAUUAGAUUUUUUUGGAAACUGAAUUACUGAUCGAAACUAAGUUGUCGUUCGACACACUUCCGCACUCAGUACAUCCCGAUUUAAAUUUUUGACUCACCGGGUCUAUGUAGAAAAGGGAUUUUUACAUCAAAUUUUUCAUUAGCUCUAUACUUUACUUUGCUAUUCCGUAAAAAUGGAGCCGAAUCGUCUUACGAUUUUAAGAUUAAAAGUUUGAAACUUCUUUUUAUUAAACCUUUAAAAGAUUAUUUUUUUGACUCGUGUAUGUUACACUCUUUUGGCAGGAUAGUGCGAUUUUGGGGAAUAAACCUGCCUUGGAGCAAUAUUGAUUCUUUGAAGCAGUUGGAUUUCUUUAAAACGAUUGCGAGACAUGUACCAAACGGUUGGAAAGGUAAAUAAUUGUGUACAUAGUGAGGGAAUUAAUAUAUAUAUAACAACUAUCCGUUAGGUUCAGUCAAUAGUGCAUUUGAAAAUAAAAUUUAAAAAGAAAAUAUACGUAUUAGACUCAUACAUUCAGAUGAAUAAACACGUAAAGCAUUAGUGAAAUACAUUAAAAAAAAAUUUGUUUUACGAGCAUAAAAUUCAAGCACUAUAGCUAGAAAUGUUUGACCGAAAUUAAACGUGCAUACGUGUAGCACCUGGUUGUCAUGGGAUACAGCGAAAGUUUUAUUCGCAGUUCGUGUUGCUCGUUUGGAAUAGCAAAUUUGUCAUGGCAGAAGACAGACUUAGGAACGCCGAUCAGCCUGCAUGGAUUACUCCGGAGGACAUCAUCGCGCUGGAGGCACUCUGUUUGGAACAGAUUCGUCAAGACAUUCUCUACAACGUUAGGAAUGAAGCGAAACUCAGGGCGGUGCUGACAACGAAAAAUUAUGAAGAUUUUAAGAACAUCGUUGAUACAGCACAUUUGACGCCAUUAAGUACCAGUGACAAAAUGAACUCAAAAACAAAACAUCGCAUCUGGAACAGCGCAUCACGUUGCAAUUGAAUUUACAUUGGAAUGGAAAAUAAAUAUAGUGA